AUGUCGUCACUAAAAUGUAAAGGUUCAUUCGAGUUUACCAUUUACGAGGUGACGAAACUCGUUGGAGAUGUAUACAGUCCGCCGUUCGCCACUUCUAAUGAAAUGUUUUGGCAAUUAGUGUUUAAUCCGUCUACUCCCGAUCACCCACAAUUUUGCUCGCUUGGUCUUCGAGCAAUUCCGAAUCCAGAAGAAGAAAAUACGACAGGGAUAUGGAAAAAUCGCGAUAUGUAUUGCGCCACAAUUUUUCUAAAAGAUCCGAAAACUCAAAAGAAAAUUGAUAUUGGACGAGCAGAGUUGAAUGGAUUUUCGGCUACAAGGCGUGGAUUUGGAUGGAAAGAUUUCUGUCAUAAUUCCGAGCUUCCCGGACACGGUGAACUAGUGUUCGGUGUAGAAUUCGAGAACGCAGACAUAGGUCUUGUAGCACAUACUGUCACUCUGCCCGGUCGUCCGCUACCCAAAGAUCUUGUCGAGGCUUGGGGCGAUCAGCUAAAUAACGCAGACACCGCAGAUACACAAUUCAACAUAAACGGACGAACAAUUUACGCGAAUAGUGGAAUACUCUCUCGUCGUUCUGAGUAUUUUAAUACAAUGUUUAACGGAGCUUGGUCUGAAACUAAAACCAAAAAGACGCCGAACCGGCAAAUCUUUACACGACAUACAAGAGACAUGAGUGAGUCUUCUCUGGGGAAUACUUCGAUUGAUAAAUCAAGUUCAAAUGCAAAUAUUAGCAACAAUAGUGGGUUGAGUAAAGAAACCAAAGAUAACCUAACAUCUGGUUCGGAUAACAACAAGAAUGUCAGGAAUACCACGGAGAAGACCAAAGAAUUCCGUUAUGUUAUUGAUAUUUUGGAUUUUAAUCAUCAGACUUUUCUGGAGAUGUUGAGAUUCUUAUACACAGACCAAGUGACUUUCAACAAAAGAAAAGACUCGCAUCAAACAGCAUUUGAUGUCAGUCUAUUCUCUAUAGCUGAUAAAUACAUAAUCCCCGAUCUACGAGAACGAGCAAAAGUCAAAAUCUUCCACGAACUAAACAUCAACAACGCCGCUGAGAUCUUGUUUCAAUCCGCAUGGAAAUGGCCUGACAUCAAAGAAAUCGUGUUCAAAUAUGUCACCGAUAAUUUCAGCAGAGUUCGUAAUACGACUGGCUUUCGUAAUGUCGCUCAAAAUGUGCGCGCGUAUCCGAUGAGUAGCGAGAUUUUAAUGGAGUUGUUAAGUUGUUUGGUUCCGGACGACCAUGCUGAAGUAAAAAUUUCCGGAUUCGUAGCAUGA